AUGAUUCUAGCAGGUGAUAUGUUUCCGUUAGGAACUCGUUUAUCUGAAUAUGCCAGAAAAUUGCCGCAAAGUAAUCCAAAUGUGCGAAAGAGAAUAUAGAAGUAUAUAGAGUAUAUAGAAAAAAUUAAAGCCGUUCAAUUUAAUGACCCUUACAUGCUACAUCUAACUAACGAUUUACCAUUAACGGUAUCUACCGGACACGUAAUAGAUUACCUCUUAAAUUUUAAGUCGCCUUAUACUGGAUGUAUGCCGGUAAGAAAUAUUCGCAGUCUUGAGGCGUAUCGAAAGUUCCAGGCAGGAUUUGUACAAUCCGUGAAGGGGCGCGUGGUAGGGAACCACUAUGUUGUGGUUGGAAAAGUUUCUCACUCGAUGCGUCUUAAUGAAAAACCGUUGAAUUCUUGGAUCAUCGUCAGAAAAGACGGAAGGAUUAUAUCAGCACAUUGUGACUGUACCGCUGGUAUAAGUGAGACUUGUUCACAUGCAAGUGCAGUGUUGUAUGCUUUAGCUAAUCUAAAUUCUCAGUCGUCGAAUGUCAAUGUAAUGGAGUUA